AUGGCUGGUCCUUGUAUUGCCACAGAGAUUCCUCCAGAAAUUUUCAUUAAUAUUUGUCAGGAUCUUCCUCCUUCUGACCUUCUCUCCCUGGCUCAAGUUUGUAAAAAGUUUUAUGGUUACUUAUGUUCUACUAAUUCAAAACCAACUCAAGAAAUCUGGCGCAAUUCUCGAUCUCAAUUUUUGCCUUAUGUUAAAAUGCCUCCGCCCGAUAAUAUGGAUGAACGUCAUCAAGUUCGGCGUGAUUUAUUAUCAAAAUAUUCUAUACCUGAUGAUAUUUUGCGUGGAUUGACUUAUACAACUGGAUUUUACAAAUGGGGUUGGGAUCAAAGUCCAAAAAAUCGUCCGGCAAAUUUAUAUUGGCGCGAUGAUGUUUAUCGUGUCUAUAAUGAAUAUAUAAAACUUGAUCCUGAUGAAAGAAAAGACUGGCUUCUUAAUAAACGAAAGGAAGGUCGUCAAAGAAUGGAAGACGUUGCCCAACGUGAAAUCGAACAUGAAAAUGAAUAUUGGGUUAAAUCUUCUGAAAAUGAAAAAAAACGUGAAGAACGUGCUUCUACCAUAGAAUCCAUGAUAAAAAAUGAAAGAAAUGAAUAUGGUUUAUUAAGAUUUAAAAUGCCUAUUGUAGAGCAAUGUAUGGUUUAUAAUAAGGCCAUAAUGUCAUCAUCCACACAUACUUUUACUAAUCGUGCAUGGAUUGGAUUAAAAAAUAAAUUAAUUCCUGAAUAUACAAAACUUGCCGCUACUCAUAGAGCUCAAAGACAGGCCGCCGAGAAACUUUUCUCUUAUGAUGUUGCUGUUCAAACUCCUGCACAACUUUAUUCAUUUUAUGAAAUUCGAUUACAUUUGAUAAGAAGUUCUCACAAAAUCAGUGUAAUUAAAGAUGAUAUGAUUGAAGUUGUUUCCGAAGCCUUUGAUAAUGCUGAAAUUGCUCAAGAAAUUCCAAGAAAUAAACCUGAAAUCUUUUUUGCGGCAG